CUUCAUUUUGAUUGCCCGCACUCAGCCCACAUUCACCAGUCACCUUUAAUUCUUUAAUUUCCUUGGUUCUUUCCUCCACACUACACCUAAUCAGCAAAGACCCCUCAUCGCCUUCCACGUCGGAUGCCCCUCCUUCCUCUUCGCAUCUCGAUUUGACCACGCACCCUCCAACCUUGGUCCAUCUGCAUUUUCAUACGCCUUGGGAAUCCAUAGGCAUGCGCUCGGUCGGCUGACGAUUUCCUAUCGUAAUGGAACCGCAGACCACAGAGUCCCCCCCGCCACGAGAACCACCGAACAACAUUCGGAGCGACGACACCAUUCUUCCGCCCGAACAAAUUUCGUUCUCUGUUCCAGUUCUUCGAUUCCCUAGACCGCAGGGAAGCCAACUUCUCGCCAACUGGGUCUCUAGUAGCGCUCCAGACAUCCGACAACCGCUCAGACAACCGCUCAGCAUGUCGGAUAACGGUAGCCUGGCCGACUCGGCCUAUGAAAUCAUCAACGGGGCCGACAAUGAAAUCAUUCAUGAGACCGACAGCGAAAUCAUAAACGGGACCGACAACGAGAGCCAAGACGACCGUAUGACUGAGUCGACAUGCUCGCUCUCUGCUUCCCGACCAGAUGACGUCCAUAGCUUAGACGGGUCGUCCGUGGACCCUUACAACACCGACUCGGACGACGAGUCUGACCACCCUUCACGUGCAUCUUCGAUCAGAUACGCCGACCAAGCCCUACAAAACCCAUCGACUCAGUUUACAACCAGCAGUCUCGAACAUGGGUCGUCUACUGAGGGGUCUGGCGUCGUCGUUCGGUCGAUCCAUUUCCAGGAGUCGGAUGUCAGCGACACGGUUCUCGAGGAGAAUAUCUCCGCUAAACAUGCCAUCCGGGAGCUCAGUGAGGAGGACUCGUCUGCCAUCGCAGAAAACCUGGCUUUGCAGAACCCCCCAAGGCGCUGGGUUGUGUCGAUUCGCCAGACGAUGUCACAGUCCUACCUCUCCACCAAAGAACCUCUGAGGGUUCUCUACGUGGGCCCCCCCGAAGCUCAAAGGGCCAUUGUGCUCAAGAUCUGCAGUGCCAUCUGGGAAUCACCGCAGCCUAAUAACCAGGAUUACCUCAGCCGACACCGGGAAGGCGUUUAUAACAUCGUCCCUAUCUCAUCGUUCGGUCCCUCCCCCGAACUCGACCUGAUGGAAGCGUCUCAGUAUCAAAUCAAGGUAGAGCACUGUACCUCCGCCGAGGAACUCGUCGGCCCGGAAUCCUCGUCUCUCGGAGAAGUCGGCUAUUCCAUCACCAUUGAACAGGAAAAGGAUUACCGGUCCUUCGUUUCCCCAACUGGUCCCGCUGUCAUUCCAGAAUGGGAUCUGCCUCACAUCGCGGUAUUUUACUGCUCCACUUACGAUGAUGCUGAGUCUAGUGGAACAAGGCAUGCUGCCUGGUCUUUCAUGGAACGGCAUGGCGUCCCAUCCAUCUUUAUUGCUGACCAGCAAGAUUUCGGCAAUUCCGAUUGGGGAAAGUACAUCAACGAGCACUCGGCCCAUCUCUGCUUAGAGUCCCGGGACCCCGAAAGGCCAACAGCGCCCCACCGCUUUCCGAUUGAUUACGCCUCGUUUGCGGACAUCGACGCUCGGCAGAUGAACCGCAACCUGGCCUACUUGACUGGUUUGUCGGAGACCGAAGACAACCUGGGCCUAGGCAACACGAAGACGAAGGCAGGAGUGCCAAGGCCGGAGACGAUGAAGAGUGCGAAGGGACGACGACUUGCUGCGCGAGAGGAAUUUUGGCGGCGGAUCCGUUCCAUUCUGCCCGCGGUCCUGCUCCUGAUGGGUCCAUUCUUCGCCCUCUCCAUGAUCGACUGGCUGUGGCCGGCAGGCCUGUACCAAACACAACCAUCGUCUUUCACUGGGGUUUGUGUUUCCUCACCGGUCUCGCCCGGCUUCACGACCGGCAGAAGUUCAUCUGUAGCAACAUCCACAAAAACGGUCGUGAUAAACAUCACUUCCACCAAAACCGUCCAGGCAACUCAAACGCAGCCGUCAACUAGUACUUUCGCUUCUGCGCUGUCGUUGGCUGGAUUCCUCUCAGACAAGCCCUCAGCUGUCCCCGCCGACAUCGAGGCAAAGGACAAAAAGCCCAACAACUCGAACAAGACGGCUUGUUCAGUACGCGUCCACAGCUUGACCGAAAUUUUGGUGGGUGUCCCAAGCCGAAACAAAGCCGUGUGGCUUGCGGCGGGAUCGAUUGACAUCACCGUCCGUCGCAAUGACCACCUCAUCAAGACCAAAAUCUCUUGCGUAGAUGAGGGGGUUAUUGUUGAGCUCGAUCAGAAGGACGCAUAUGGUCUCGUGAACAUCACUGUGGUUACAACCCGGCGACCUAGGAUCAACGAGACGUUUCAGAUUGAUUUCGGCAAGUCUGCAAUUGCUGAGCUCGCCGAAACCAUCGAGGCAGGACUGCACCUGUUGCAGGGCGCUAUCAAGAAUGUGGCUUGGACCGACGACGCAAGCCAAAUUUUCGACAACGCUUGCAGGGUGUCUCGCGAGCUCCCCGGCGAAGUUUCCUCUGCCUUCGAACAUGCUUCUGAAGCUGUUCAGAAUCGCGCAGACAGGUUCAAGCAGGCUGUGGGUGAUGCCCGGAAACACCUAACUCAUCGGAUUGGGUCGAACGAUUUGAUCCGGAAAGAGCUUGAUCUCUCAAUCCUCCAAGCACAGAUUGCUUCCAGACUUUGGUGGCUGAGGAUGCAGGGGAAGACCGAAGAAUACAACCAGUAUAAACGGAACGCGUCUCGGCUCCUCGAUGCGAAGCACUUGGAGCUCCAGGCGGCUAAGACCAAGCACACGCCGAACCAGUCUCGGUCAUUCUACGGUUUUCGAAGCAGGCUGUAUUCGCCCUGGAAAAAGGACAGCGGCCGGCAAAACGAGGACGUCCAAGACUCGACUCCGCAAGACAGAAGCUGGGAGACGACAUGGAGGAAGAUCAUGCAAGGAAUAUAACCCCUGAUCUCCCUCUGUUUUAGCAUCUUCUUUUCUUAUUUUUGGGUGGGCGGGUUUGGCGGAUGGUACAACGGUUUAGGGGA